AAGGAAUUGAACCGCGGGAUGUGUCGCGGCUAGUUAUCGCAGGGCCCCACUCCCCGGAGCAAGCUCAAGGCCAUUUUUUGCUUUGCGGUAUUUCGGUCGGCUCUCCAAAUCUUUGUGCAUUGCCUGUGUUUUUUUUCGAGAUCAACAAGCCCGACCCCUCGAGCGUCCCAUUCCGCUUUUCCUGCGCGCCUCCCUGCGAACCUCCCAAUCAUGUUUUCCCGAACAUCCUCAAGAACGGCCCAGAGCCUGGCCCGUGCCGCGCAGCAGCCGCGCCUCGCUUCGAGGCAGGCCGCCCGCGGCUUUGCGACGGUCCAGUCCGACAUCUUCAAGCCGACCAAGUACGGCGGCAAGUAUACGGUCACGCUGAUCCCCGGCGACGGCAUCGGAUCCGAGGUGGCCGAGAGCGUCAAGACCAUCUUCAAGGCGGACAACGUGCCGAUCGAGUGGGAGCAGAUCGAGGUCUCGGGUAUCGACAGCGGGUCGGCGCCGUCGGGCCGCACCGAGGACCUGUUCAAGGAGUCGGUCGCGUCGCUGCGGCGCAACAAACUCGGCCUCAAGGGCAUCCUCCACACGCCCAUCAGCCGGUCGGGCCACCAGAGCUUCAACGUGGCCAUGCGCCAAGAGCUCGACAUCUACGCCUCCAUCUCGCUCAUCAAGAACAUCCCCGGCUACCAGACCCGCCACGAGAACGUUGACCUGUGCAUCAUCCGUGAGAAUACCGAGGGUGAGUACAGCGGCCUCGAGCACCAGUCGGUGCCGGGCGUCGUCGAGUCGCUCAAGAUCAUCACGCGCGCCAAGUCGGAGCGCAUCUCCAAGUUUGCCUUCAGCUUCGCCCUCGCCAACAAGCGCAAGAAGGUGACGUGCAUCCACAAGGCCAACAUCAUGAAGCUGGCCGACGGCUUGUUCCGCAGCACCUUCCACGCCACCGCCAGGGAGUACCCGACCCUCGAGGCCAACGACAUGAUUGUCGACAACGCCAGCAUGCAGUGCGUUAGCCGGCCCCAGCAGUUCGACGUCAUGGUCAUGCCCAACCUGUACGGCGGCAUCCUGUCCAACAUCGGUGCCGCCCUGGUCGGCGGCCCUGGCAUUGUGCCCGGCUGCAACAUGGGCCGCGACGUCGCCGUCUUCGAGCCCGGCUGCCGUCACGUCGGUCUCGACAUUGAGGGCAAGGGCCAGGCCAACCCCACGGCCCUGAUCCUGUCGGGAUCCAUGCUGCUGCGCCACCUCGGACUCGACGACCACGCCAACCGCAUCUCCAAGGCCGUCUACGCCGUCAUCGCCGAGGGCAAGUGCCGGACCCGUGACAUGGGAGGCGAGGCUACCAACAACCAGUUCACCAAGGCCAUCCUGGACAAGAUGGAGACUCUGUAAGCCUGAUGUAUGGGCCGAAGGAGUUUUUGAUAGUGGGAGCGGGGAGAGAAAUUGCACCGCCACCACAUGCUUUGUCAAGAUACCACAAGCGCGAGAAAUAGAAAACACCAUGGAGGGAGGGAGGGAGGGCAUGAAAUCCAGGACGGCGGGCACGACAUGAUGGGCUUCAACGAAGGGAUCAACGAAGGGACCCAGGACGUGAGUAUAGACCCUAGAAUGGACCUGCCAGGAGUUGCAUAUGCUGGUUGUACUAUAGGUUUACUAGGAUACGCGGCCAAUGCAUUUCUUAUGUUAUCGCUUAUAUGGUGAGCCUGGGCUGGCAUAUAGGGCUGACUGGUUGAUGACGGGGGGCGUCGACAUGUUUUGGAUGCGACUGCUUAGAACUACCGGAAUACUGAGAUAUCUGGCUACCGGUCCACUCCCCGCGCGAACCGAGACGAUAGGAAGAGCACGAUGUGUUGUGAGAGACCGCACAAGGUUAUAUGAUGGCUCAGCUGUAAUCACAAACGUGUAGAUGCUGACGGCAUUCCGUAAAGCUGGCCACCAUGAUAGUACCGCGGCCAGUUACAAAGCGACCCGGCGUCAGCUGACAGCGGAUGGACAUUUUAGAUUUUCCGCUUUUGGGUGAAUCCUCCUGGAUGGUUAGCAGGAUGCAGGACGCCAAGCGUGCCACACCUUUUCCCAGACCAACACUCCCAGAAACCCCCAGAUCCGUGCACGGGGCCCUGCAUCUGCGCUGAGACAAUCACAGAAAACCAUCGGCCGCGU